UUAAUCCAAUCUUAGUAGUAUCAUUACAAAGAUUUCAUUUCGUCUUAUAUUUUUAUACACGAAAACAGUGCGAAUAGAUAUCGAGAUAUAUCGAAACACUUGAGAAUUUAUACUUUUUCAAUAGUUACAGUAAAUCGCGUCUUGAACAUUGGAAUAAAUAUUAUAAAUCUACGUAGAACAACACUUUUGGUAAACGUUCCAGGCAACGGAUAAAGGCCCCUUGCCACUGGAAUUUUCCAAUUAACAUGUAAUAUGAAACGUUAUUCUAAGUUGAUAUAAAUGCCAUCGGCUUAAUUCAGUUCAUUUUGUGCAUAAUUGUAAACUGUAUUUGUAUUAUAUAUAAAGACUGUCAUAAUUAUAAAAUCAAAAAAUACUUUGUUCAAUCUCGUUAAGGAUUUACUCAGAUUCGAGGUGAAAAUUUCAAUGGCUUUCUUGUGCACUUUGUUGGCGUCUCUUGUUACUCUUAUCUCGCUUUCACCGACAAUACAAGCAGUCAACGAAACAGAGCAAGCUAAUGCUGAAACAUUUCUAAAACGUGCCAAUAUAAUUCUACAAAGAAAAGAAUACGAAUUUAUGCUAGCGUCCUGGGAUUAUAGCACAAACAUCACGCAACACAAUUCAAAAAGAAAGGUUAAUGCCAGUCUGUCGUACAGCAAGGUUUAUGCAAAGAUUCGUAACAACGCAUCAAAAUUCGAUGUAAAAAAACUGAAAGAAGAUGCUGCAAGACAAAUUAGUUUUUUAAGAAUGUCUUCUGCUCUUAAGAAUGAAAGCGAGUUAAAAGAGCAAAAACAAUUAGGUUCGAAAUUAAGUGAACUUUACAGCACUGCUAAAGUUGGGGGUAAAUCGCUCGAUCCUGACUUAGUCAAACUCAUGUCCACAUCACGAGAUUAUAACAAACUUCUUCAUUCUUGGUGGGGAUGGCGCAAUGCGUCCGGCCGCAAAAUGCGACCAAUUUACAAACGUUUCGUCGAACUAAGCAACAGAGGCGCAAGAGAAAAUGGCUAUAUUGAUCAGGGACAAGUGUGGAGAUCGUGGUAUGAGGUGGAAAAUCUUGAUGUAUUGGUCGAAAAUCUUUGGAAUGAUCUUAAACCUUUAUACUUUGAGUUACAUGCGUAUGUCCGACAUAAGUUAACAAAAGUUUAUCCUGGCAAGGUGUCAGAAGAUGAUUACAUCGAAGCGCAUUUGCUAGGUAAUAUGUGGGCUCAAAGUUGGGUUGACAUAUUUCACAUGGUGAAACCGUACGAAAACAAAGCCAGCAUUGACAUCACUUCAAACUUGAAGAACGACUCGCGAUACAAUAGUCCUGUUAAAUUAACCAAAUUAGCCGAGUCUUUUUUUGUUUCUCUUGGUCUUAAACCGCUACCUCCGGCGUUCUAUAAUAAGUCUUUAUUACAUAAACCAACUGAUCGAGAGGUGGUAUGUCAUGCGUCUGCUUGGGAUUUUGCUUUGCACAAGGACGUGAGAAUCAAGCAAUGUGUACAAAUCAAUCACAAUCAUUUAGUAACGUUACAUCAUGAACUUGGGCAUAUUCAGUAUUUCCUGGAAUACUGGCAUUUACCCAUCGUCUAUCGGACUGGAGCGAACCCUGGUUUUCAUGAAGCUGUAGGAGAUCUGAUGUCUCUUUCAGUUGAUACCCCAACACAUUUGAAGACACUUGGUUUGUUAAAAAACUAUGAAAGUGAUAAAGAGGCAGAUAUUAACGCGUUGAUGAAAAUGGCGAUGAGAAAAAUAGCAUUUCUACCGUUUGGGUAUCUAAUUGAUCAGUGGCGAUGGAAAGUGUUUAAUGGUGUCAUUAAUGAUAGUAAUUACAACGCAGAAUGGUGGCGUCUUAGAAAAAAACACCAAGGAAUAAAGUCACCUGUUGAAAGAAGUGAAAAUGACUUUGAUCCUGGAGCCAAGUUUCAUAUACCUUCAAAUGUACCUUACAUAAGAUAUUUUAUAAGCUAUGUCCUUCAGUUCCAAUUUCACAAGGCAGCAUGUGAAGCAGCAAAAUUUGAUGGACCUCUUUACAAAUGCUCUAUUUACAAUUCUACUGCAGCUGGAGAAAAAAUUGGUGAUAUGUUGAAGAUGGGCAAAAGUAAACAUUGGCAAUUUGCAUUGGAGAAAUUGACAGGAGGUAGAAAUAUGUCUGUGGCACCAAUUAAAGAAUAUUUCAAACCACUUCAAGAAUGGCUGGUUAAAGAAAGAUGCAACAAAAAAUACAAAAUUGGUUGGCCUGAACAGCCUGCUCGUGAAGUUGAAAAAUGCAACACAAAUGGUGGUGCCUAUAACUGGAGUAUUAAACAAACCUUUCUCUUGGCUGUAAUAUUUACUUUCAUUCACUUUUUUAGUUGAAUCCGAGCUUUGAUAAUGAUGAUUUGAUUUUUCAUCAGUUCAAAGUGUCGGUAUAAACAGACAGAAAAGUCUCCGUUUAAAGAAAAUUCAAAUUGAAUGGAAAUGCAAAUAUAAAUAAACUUAGAAAUAGUGAACACGUCAAUUAAGUGUCUUUGCCAUUACAUAAUUCUACACUACUUAGUAUCCUUGCGACGGUUAUGUUUGUUAUACUUUUAUUUAUCUUAUGUGUUUUUGCAUUUUCCGUCUAAAAAAAUUAAUAAAAAUUAAAUUUCGUGUUUACAUAAA